CUGUACAAGGAGGCCAUGAUGGAGGAGCACCAGCCUCUUAUAUCACAAGAAAGUGCCAGUAACAAUUCUGAGGGAAACUUUAUAUUAUCACUAACUUAUAAAGCAAAAGAUAAAGAUAUCCUACAGCUUUCUUCAGGAAAAAAACUCAUUACCCUUAAUAUACGUCCAGGACCUCACAGUUCAGAUCUAUCGUAUAACUCCCCUAAUCAUGAGGAACCUUCUCCUGAUCAAUCACACAUUAUUACCAGAAGUAGAAAUCAGAAAGGGGUGAAACGGUUUCAGUGUGGCAAAGAAUCCACAAAAACCUCAGGUCUUUCUAUAAAGAGAGGAAGACCUAAAGGAGAGAAGCCAUACUCCUGUUCAGAAUGUAAUAAAUGUUUUAAAAAUAAAUCAAAUUUUCUUAGACAUCAGAGAAUUCACAUAGGAGAGAAGCCACACACCUGUUCAGAAUGUUCCAAGUGCUUCACAGACAAAUCAAGUCUUGUUAGACAUGAGAAAAGUCAUACAAGCGUGAAGCUAUUUUCAUGCUCAGAAUGUGAGAAAUGUUUUACAUUGAAAGCAAAUCUUGUUACACACGAGAGACGUCACAAAGGAGAGAAGCCAUAUUCGUGUUCAGAAUGUGAGAAAUGUUUUACAUUGAAAGCAAAUCUUGUUGCACACGAGAGAAGUCACACAGGAGAGAAGCCAUAUUCGUGUUCAGAAUGUGGUAAAUGUUUUUCAUAUAAAAUAAGUCUUGUUACACAUGAGAGAAUUCAUACAGGAGAAACACCAUUCUCAUGUUCAGAAUGUGGAAGAUGUUUUACUGCUAAAUUAAAUCUUCUUAGACAUAAGAGGAGAAUUCACACAGGAGAGAAGCCAUAUUCGUGUUCAGAAUGUGGGAAAUGCUUUGCACAGAAGUCAAUUCUUGUUAGACAUGAGAAAAGUCAUACAGGAGAGAAGCCAUAUUCAUGUUCAGAAUGUGAGAAAUGUUUUAAAGAAAAAUCUGAUCUUUUUAGACAUAUUAGAAGUCACACAGGAGAGAGACCGUAUCCAUGCUCAGAAUGUGGGAAACGGUUUACACAGAAAUCAGACCUUGUUAGUCAUGAGAGAAUUCACACAGGAGUGAAGCCAUAUUCAUGUUUAGAAUGUGAGAGAUGUUUUUCAGAUCAAUCAAGUUUUCUUAAACAUGAGAGAAUGCACACAGGAGAGAAACUAUAUUCAUGUUCAGAAUGUGGAAAACGUUUUGCACAGAAAUCAAGCCUUGCUAGUCAUGAGAGAAUUCACACAGUAGAAAAACCAUAUUCAUGUUCAGAAUGUGGAAAAUGUUUUAAAGUGAAAUCAAAGCUUGUUAUACAUAAGAGAAGGCAUACAAAAGAGAACCCAUAAUCAUGCUCAGAAUGUGGUAAAUGUUUUGUACAAAAAUCAACUCUUGUUGCACAUGAGAGAAUUCAUACAGGAGAGAAGCCAUAUUUAUGUUCAGAAUGUGGGAAAUGUUUUACACAAAAAUCAGAACUUGUUUCCCAUAAGAAAACUCACACAGAAGAGAAUCCAUAUUCGAGGAGCGGAGCCUAACCGCUAAGCAAGACUGAGGUCUAAGCGAGAGCUCCCUCCUCACAGACCCCUGUUUCACAGAUCUUACACGCCAGAGAAAGCCCCACCAUGGUCAAAAUAGGGAGAGAAAAACCCAGGGAGCCUCCGGGCACCCCCUAAAGAAAGAAGAACCAAACAGAAGUAGACAGAUUCUUCAAGAAGACCUCCGCAGCAUCGCGGGACUCAGAGGGUGAAGAAAAAGACGACAGAGACUCCAUGCAAGGUACCUGCGAACUCGCACAUGCGGCAGAUAGCGGCGCACUCACAAAGUCAUUCUUCAAAGCAACCCUGUCCCAGGCUUUAGCCCCGUUGACUCAGGAGAUAAAGGAGUUAAGAAACUAUGUGAGAUCCCUGGGCCACCGGGUGGAAAGAGUUGAAGAAGAUCAAGGCCAGGCAGUGGCACACAGUACAGCACUAGAGAGGUCUCAAGAAGAACAUAUCUCUUCAAUAAAUGCUGCAUAUUUUAUGAUCGAAGACCAGAAGAAUAGGAGUAGGAGAAAGAAUAUUAGGAUAAAGGACCUAUCAGAAGCAGUAGUAUCAUCUGAAGAACUUGAAAAUGCAGCUCAGAAGAUGUUUGUAGAUCUCUUAGGGGAAGACAGAGCUGAAAACAUCAUAAUUGAGCGAAUCCUUAGAUCUCUGCGCCCAGCCCCAAAACACAGGGACCCACCAAGGGAUGUAGCCUGUGGACUGCUCUGCUUCAAAGACACAGCUGCCAUACUGUAAGCUGCACGAAUGAAGAAAGAACUAAGGUACGGCGAUUCAACAGUCUUAUUUUACCAAGAUGUCGCCCCUUGAACUUUAGUCAAAUGCUGUUCUCUGAAGCCCCUUGCUGAUUAUCUAAUAAAUCAGAAAAUACUUUACAAGUGGCUUUACCCCUUUUGGCCUUACCUUUACAAACAAUGGCUGCCGUUUCACUAUCUGCGUGCCGCAGGAUCUGGACGCGGCAUGGACUGUGUUAGAGAUAGCUCCACUGCCUAUGGACUCCUCGCUCUAAGUGGCCUCCGCUCUACCCACUUUCCCAAAACUGCCCAAUCCAACACCUUGGGGAACAGUACCUAAACAAAACACCCAAAUGGCAAAAGGAGGCUAAAGUGAAGACACAAA